AGGGGUGUGCGCGCUCGGAGCCGUGCAAAAAAGUGCAGCAAAGAGCUCAGAGCGGAAGAGGCGACAGUCUCCGCUUGCAAAGCGCUGCCAUCGGUUCGAACCGCACGAGAAAGGUGUACGAUUCACCGAGCACAAGGUACGUUUCCCUCCGGAAGGGGAGGGAUUAAUCGUAAUUCCUUUUCCCUUUGGCCCUGCUCUCCUGAGUCGCCCGAGACCCCCCACCCACCGCCCCCAACCCCCCAAACCCCUCACUUUGUUACCCAGAGGAGAAGUGCCAAGUGGGGAGAAGUAGAGAAGGGAAGGAAUCGAGAAGGAUAAUCCAAAGAUCAAGUGAGUCUGACGGAUCGCGAGAUCUAUGAGCAAUGAACGUCCUGAUGGUCAACGCGUCCACCGUCCCCUGGACCGAGAUCCCGUCUCCGAGCUUUUCGAGCCCAGCCCCCACCGCCCCGCUGCCCCCUGAUGCGCACACUCCACUUCCCACCAUCAUCGUCGUUUUUUGCCUCUUCGUUCUUUUCGCGAGCUGCACGGCGUUCCUGGCCAUCUGCAGGCCUUCUGCGGAGGCGGGUCUCCCUGACGGCGGGUGCGGCUCAGCGGAGGCCCUCCCCUGCAGCCCUUCCCUUUCCAGCGAGCCGGAGCUGAAGCUAUGGAAGCGACUGGGCUCCGUCCGUCGCUCCUUAACCUCCUCCUUCCGACGCCCGCCCCAGCGCCGCCCCGACAGGAGGGCCUCGGCACCCACCCCCACCCCUCCCCACCUCAGCGUACCCUGCCUGUACGACCACGCUACAGAGAUCUGACCGGCGCCCUUCCCAGCGACCGCACGCGGCCUGCUAAACUGAACCACAGGGGCCAACCGUGGAGUCCAGAAGAUGCCGUCUUGAUGUGUGAAAAGACUGAUGGGAAAUGAAGUUCAGAGCCAGUUUAGAAAACACAAUGACUACUGCCGGCAUCUCGAAUCCUGUACUAACUUAAACUAAGUACUGUACUUAAUAUGGAUACAUAGUAUUGACUCGCUUGUAUGAUGAGGCUCGGUAAGAACCAGCAGUCGUGACCUUAAACGUAAAUCAGGAUGCCUUUUAGUAUCACUUCCACUCCCUUCAUCCUGGAGUGAACUUUUUGACUUUGGAAGGAAAAGUCGACCGGCUUCCUUUCCAUAUUUUCAUCACGGCAGUUGCACAGGUCCCCCGUACGAUGGCAAGCGUACUACCUCCGAGCGUUACUGUUACCGUGCCUUCACUCGAACGACACACUCUGUGCAUGUACAGUGGUCCCCCCUCAUCCGUGGUUUCAGUUACACGCGGUCAACCGCAGGCCAAAAAUAUUAAAUGGAAAAUUCCAGAAAUAAACAAUUCAUGUGUUCUAAAUCGUGCGCCGUUCUGAGUAGCAUUAUGAAAUCUUGUGAUGAAAUCACACUAAUCAUCCCUUUGUCCAGUGUAUCCACACUAUAUCUGCUACCCACCCGUUAGUCACUUAGUAGCAUCUCUGUUGUCACAUCGACUGUCGCCGUAUCGCAGUGCUUGUGUUCAUGUAACCCCUUUUUAAAUAAUUUAAAAAAAAAAAGUAUAUAUCGGGUUCAGUAUUAUCCGUGGUUUCAGGCAUCAGCUGGGGGUCUUGGACCAUAACCCCCGCGGAUAAGGGGGGACUACUGUACAGAUAUGUAGAUCACCUGGAUGAUCCACAUCGCCUUUUUGAACGUUGCCCAAGGUAACGUCCCCGAUUCCACAUCUGGUUCCGUCGGCACAUUUCACGUUUUAUUUGCUCCACUUCUCACCGUGAAAUGACGCGCUCGACUGUUUACAGGGCACCUGUCGAGACCUCCACCCGAGGGGGGCAGAUGUUGUAAACAAACUCCCCGCGAACACGGUUCCCGCGUCCUGGACUGCACCACUCCACCGCGCUUUCGGGGGCGUCAUUCAUCAGAAUACCUGUGAGAGAGCUGUGCGUUUGCUCCCCGAACAAGCGCUACGCCACACAGACCUCCAUUGGAUACGCAGUUUUUUUGCUUCAGAAAUAUUAGGAAUUGACCCUUUUGAUAAGAGUCAAACAUCUUGUUUUAUUUUUGUGCGACACAUUGCUGGAAGUUAUAAUGGUUCAGCUCAGUGCUUUGACCUUCUGCCUGGCUCUUCAGCACAUUAACACUGUUGAUAGUUGACUCGUUGCCAUGGUUACCAGCCCAUUCCACCCUGAAGCCUGGUGUCGCUGCGCAUAUAAGCCACUUCGGGUGUGUGUCCGUCAUGUGUCUUGUGCAAACUCCCUACG